GAAAGAAAGAAUAAGUGGAUCAAAACCCAAUUACACUUAAAAGAUUUGGUCAAAAUUAAUAAUCCCAAUUUACUAGAGGGAGUCCGUUAAUUCCGCACACUUUAUAACCACUUGAUGGAUCUCCUUUCAUUUCAUUAUAUUAUAUUUCUCACUUAGUUCAAUUGAGUUCUUUCUAGUGAAAAACAACAACAGAGAUGCUAAGUAGGAGAAUAUUAUUAUCAAUCCCACAACUCCUCUGUACAAACAAGAAUAACCAAAAGUUUCUUACUAGCCACAAGCUAUCCUAACCUUAAUGACCAAGUCAAGGAAUGAAUUUUUCUCUUCUUUUAUACCACUUUUAUUUUUUAUGUUUUGCCUAUCAAAAAUCAAGAUCAUAGUAUAUUAUCAUGCCGAAAUCACAUGGAAGGGUUCUUGUUCCUUUCCUUCUUUUAUUAAUUUCGACUAAUAUGGUCGCUCAGAAAUCUCUUGUAUUUGGUUUCAUUGUUCGUGAUGAGAUUUCAAGAAGGCCUGAUCCUUUUAGACACUUAAAGUCGUAUGAUGGAACUUAUAAUCUUGGUGACAAGCACUAUUGGGCUUCUGCGGCUUUCACAGGCAUACAUGGAUAUGCAAUUGCUGGGAUUUGGUUAUUAAUUGGUUUAGGUUUUGGGAGUUACAUGAUUUUUAAGUAUUUUCAUGGAAGCCCAACUACUCCAGUUGUCGAGUAUCCGCCUUCUUCCUACAUUUUGAUGUUCUCGCUGGUUGUCCUGUUUACCAUCCUUGCCAUAGCUGCAAGCAGUGUUGUUUUGGCUGCAAACAAUGGUUUUGAACAUAGAGUCGAAAGGCUUCGCCAAACAAUUUUUGAUGCUGGUGGGGAUACUCGUCAUACCAUUAGAAGGGUUAUAAAGGUUUUGCUAAGUAUGCAAACUCUUUUAAGCCCUUACAAUUCACAGGCAGACAAGAUGUUGAACGUGAUAACCCAUAGGCUUCGAAGAGGAUCUAUUACGAUUCAACAGUUUGUUGACAAAACCCGGCAUGUAAGCAAUGAAGCUAUUAGAACUCUAUGCGUCACAAAUAUUGUUGUUGUCACUGUCAAUUUGGUGCUUUUGGUUUGUGCAUUAGUUUUGCUCGUUUGGCAUUGGCCUCUUGGAUUUAUAAUAAUCAUCUUCUGCUGCUGGAUUUUGACGACUCUGAGUUGGGUGCUGACCGGCUUUGAUUUCUUCUUCCACACCUUUGCAGAAGACACCUGCUCAGCUUUGGAGGAUUUUCAGCAGAAUCCUCAGAACAACAGCUUGCAAAUUAUACUUCCAUGUGCAAGCUCGGAAUCUUCAGACAAAAUUUUGGUGCAGAUUGGCUCCACUGUUCAUAAUUUCAUUACUCAGCUAAAUUAUAAGCUGAGAGAGGUACAAGGAUUUGGAUUAAAUGAUAACGGGGGAAACAGCGUAGGAACAAGAGGAGUUUGCGACCCCUUCUCAGGUGCGCCUAGUUACAGCUUCACACCUGAUCUCUGUCCUAAGGAUACUAUUCCAAUUGCAGAACUGAAAUAUGUUCUGUCAAGAGUCACAUGUUAUGGAGAAAAUUCAACAGGCAAUUGUGCAAAUGAAGGAAGAUUCAUUCCACAGGCCUCAUCCAUGAUAUUAUUCGCUUACACGCAAUCUGUUGAAGACCUCGUGGAAAUAUUCCCUGAUCUGCAGAGCCUAAGUCAUUGCUCCAAAGUAAGACAAGCGUUUGGCAACAUUUUACAGUACCAGUGCAGGCCAUUUAGACGUUCAGCACAAAUACUAUGGUCAUCUAUGUUGUCACUUUCCAUUAUCAUGGUACUUCUGGUACUAACAUUGACAGUAAAAGCUCAUCAAGAAACCGGAAGAAGCUUCGAUACGUGUUCCAUUACUCCUAAAUCAUCCUAGAAGUACCAAAAAAACUUGCCCAAUUGCAGUAAUGUUUCUUCAGGCAAGGUAGAUAAUAUAUAGAUGGUUUGCACAUUUUUUUCUUUUGUAUAGUUAUAGUUGAAGUGUGCAGUAUACUCAUUCCCCCUGAAGUCGUAAGACGCCUAAAAAUUGGGGGUAGUUGAAGUAUACAGUAUACUAAUUCCCCCUGAAGUCGUAAGACGCCUAAAAAUUGGGGGUUAAGUAACAGAAAUAGAGAAUUUCUACCAAACUUGUAGUUGAUAUAUUGGUUCUUGUCAUGUACUUACUGUACAUAUAUUGGCAUAAACAGUGAUUGAUGGUUACUCGAGGCUAAGUGUUGGCCAUGUAAAUUUGCAUGUUUGUGAUACUACUUAACUUAUACGCCAGGUUUUAAUUUUUGUUUUA